AUGUCUUCAAACGAUAGAGUCUUCGACUAUGGUCCGAAUGCCCCCCAUGGACCCGAUGUCACGGGUACACACCCAAUCGGCAUCGACUACACCGACAUUGACAUGACGCAAAAUGAGAAGGAGGUAUUCAACCUUCUCUUGAAGCCCGACGAUAGUUACGACGAGAACGGCGUCUACUGGGCCGACCUCCCUCUGAUGAAACGGAUCAAGUUCGUCUCCAAGGUCGACCGAGAGGAGACUCGCCGAGAAUUUGGUGCUUUCUGGAAGAUGUUCAAAGAGGACCCCCUGGCGCCUAUCGGCUUUUACUUCCGCAACAUGGUGCUACCCGGCGCCGGUCUCGGUCUAGAAGGCUAUGUCCUGUUUUCCAUCGGCAAUCUCAAGCCGCUUUUCCAAAAGGCAUUUCCCGAAUGCUGGAAGAAGAACGAAAUCUGUAACGAAACCUGGAUCCAGUCUGUCGACUACCUGGAGAUUUGCGGCAUCAUCGUCGGUCAGAUCCUGGUUGGCGUCAUCGGUGACUGGAUUGGUCGUCGCUACGGUUUGAUUCAAGAUGCUACCAUCAUGUUCAUCGGCCUGAUCAUGUUGACCGCGUCUUGGGGUGUUACUCAGAAUGGGUGGGUUAUCUGCUAUACCUGGGCGCUCUUCUUCUACGGUAUCGGUGUCGGUGGAGAAUACCCCAUGACCGCCACUUCCGGCAUGGAAAACGCCAUAGGAUCAGGAAAGGUUUCGACCCGAGAUGAUCGUCUCCACCGUGGCCGCAAAGUCACCAGCGCCUUUUUGAUGCAAGGUUGGGGCCAGUUCUUCAACCAAGUCUUCCUUAUCCUUCUUCUUUUGAUCUUCCACCAUGGCAGUGGGAAUGCGCCUUACUCCAAAGUCGCCGCCCAAUACACCUUCCGUGUGUCGUUUGCCAUCCCAGCAGUCGGUACCCUGUGGCUGGUGUACUGGCGUACGUACAAGGUCAAGUCCACAGCCAACAAACAACUGCGACUCGCCAAGGCUAAGAGCAGCGUCACUGGCUAUGACACCGAGUCCCUCUCUUUGACCUUCCGUUACUUUGGCGGCCGUAUACUGGCCACCGCGGGUACCUGGUAUGCCAACGAUGUCUUCUUCUACGGCAACAAGCUCUUCCAAAGUGAAUUCAUCAGCGUCAUCAUGCCAGGAAGUACUUCCAUCAUGCCAGGGUGGCUUUACAACCUGAUCAAUGUCGGAGUCUCGCUCGUUGGCUACUACAUGGCCAGCUUCCUGAUCGACAACAAGCUCUACGGACGCAAGCACAUGCAGUCCGUGGGUUUCUUGCUCGACUUCGUCCUGUUCGUUGUGCCCGCUUUCCACUUUAAGUACUACACCUCUCCGGAGCACAUCAAAGAGUUCCAAACCAUGUACUUUUUGUCAUCUUUCUUCAACCAGUUCGGACCGAAUUCCGUCACCUUCAUCACUGCCGCCGAGGUGUACCCCGUCGCCAUCCGUGCAACCGCGCACGGUUUCUCUGCCGCCUGCGGCAAGCUAGGUGCCUUGACGGCGGCUAUUCUCUACAACUACAUCGACACGCAGACCAAGUUCUAUGUUGUCCCGUGGUUCGGCUUGGCCGGUGUUGUCUUGAGUGUCAUUUUCCUCCCCGACACAACUGGUCUCGAUCUCAAGGAGCAGGAAAGACGUUGGGCCUUCAUUCGCGCUGGUCGUGAACACGAGUAUCAUGGCAUUGCGAUUCACCCCAAGCACCUGAGUUUGUGGGAACGCAUUCGCGGUGUUGGCAAGCAGUACGAUGCAGACCUCGACUAUAAGCAACGUGUCGAAGAAAUGCGUGCCGAAUGGGAGGCUCGCAUGGCAGAGAGGAUUUCAGAGAAGGCCGCUCACGAACAGGUCCAGGAUGAUGACGACGAACACCCUAGUGAGGUUCACAGCUAUUUUGCCCGUUCCACCAAGUCGCCCAAUCUUCAGGGAGCCGAGAAUGAAAAGAUUCCCCCUCUUAUGAACGGAGCCAACGGUGAACAGGGAGAUAUUUAG